AUGACAGGAGGAAGAAAGUCCGGUGUCCCGCCGAGAAGCCGUCGUGCUCCAGCUGCGUACGCCUCAAUCAGCCGUGUCUCUACGCGUCCGCCCGGAGAGCGUCUCGGGGAGACUAUUCGGCUAGCUUUCCUCGAAGAGAAGGUAAAUCUCCUCUUGAGCGGCUCCAGACCCAUCCAGUCCGGCAUCCAGGAGGAACCCCCCGAUGAACCGAGUGACAUCUCUCCUCAGUCGUCGACGACCACGCAAGCACCGUCGACCGAGUUGAACCAUGCCAUCAGCGACUCGAUUUCCCCGGGGUUCAACUUCGAAAAUGUGAACUUGCACCCCAGCUCGUCGGCCAUCGUGAAAGCGGUCGAUCUGUACUUUGAUUAUUGCCACCGACAGCCCAUCUGGUGCUUCGGUCGCGAGGACCUCGAGGACCUAAGUUGCCUGUCGGAGGAACUUGUCUGUAGUAUCAUCGCGCUGACCUCUCGCUUCUCGCGAGAGCGCGACCAGUUACAGCGCUAUUGCGACUAUGCCCGACAUUUGGUGAUGCUACGCGUGGCCAGCGGGACGGUGGAGUUGGAGACCAUGGAGAGUCUCUGUCUGCUGUCAUACUGCGCCUUUAUGGACGGAAACCUGCAACUCGCUCGAUUCCAUCUCGGCAUGGCUUUCCAGCUCUGUCGCUCUGCCCGGUUGGAUCUAGAAUCCACGUACAAUAUGGGCACGCUGUCUGCUGAUCGCAAGAAACGGCUUUUUUGGACACUUCAAACCCUUGAGCAGUCCUACGGUCAGCAGAAUGGCAUCCUUAGCCCGUCGGGAGAAAGUCUGCGACCGUUCUACGUGUCCGCGGUCGGCGACCAGGGAGACUCCCGACUCCCGUAUCUGCCUCGCGACGAGAUCGGGUGUUCUGGUUCCGACGACAUGGGCAUCUGGAACUUGACGGCGCAUUUUGGCUGGGUCUGGAGUCGAGUGCGAACAUAUGUGACUGACGUGGCGCAGAACCGGCUGAAGGAGCCGUGGCGACACGACUCGAUGUAUGCGAUGAUCCAGUCCGACCUGACGGAGAUGGAAAAUAAACAUUCUCACUGCCAUCGAUAUGAAUCGGUUAAGUUUUACGAGCGCCGACCUGACGAGCUGAGAGUCAAUCGCGAUUAUUGGGUCCCGUGGCUGAAGCUACAGUUCACAUAUCAUUCCAUUCUCACCGUCUUAAACCACCCUUUCCUUUAUAUCGCCGCGUCCCAAUACAAUAAUAACCUCACGAUCCCCAACACCUUCUGGCGCCGAUCCUCCGAGCUUGUCCUGCUGCAUGCCACCUGGGUUGUCCGGCUGAUCGACAUGGUCACCGACAAGAAGCUGCAGCUCGUGGAUCCGUUCUUUGGACAAGCAGCGCUGAUCGCAGCCACCGUACAUCUCUACUACUGCUGUGCCGCCGACCCUCGACUCAAACAAAAGUCCAAGGUAGAUCUCGCCAAGUGUCGGCGCUUCCUGCAGCGCUUUGUCUGGUUUUCGCCGGCCUGCAAUGCCUUGAAUCAAAUUCUGCGUCGAAUUACACGGAUCGCCGGGGCCGAAUCAAUAGAUUCCGACUGGGCGCCCUCGAAGAUCCAUCUCAGCAUCCCCUUCAUGUGGGCAGCAUUGCAAGUAGACGGGUGCAUCCCCCGGAACCUCUCAACCGACGGUGUCCUGCAUCCGUCGCUGGCCCCCUCCCGCGAAAAUAUUGACGAAGACUCGACCCCUACGCUCGAGGUCAUCGUAGCCAUGUCGCCUGAGGUGACGGUGAACACGGCAGACGGAGGGCAAGCGGCCCAUAUGGCACCACAUAUGGUCUAUAUCUCAUCCGCUCCGACAUCGCGCCAGGAUAUCCCACUGACCGAUCGACUCGUUGCUCCGGCCGACAGCCUCAUGUUCAACACGCCCUGGCUGUGGACAGACCCGGGCCAGCUAGUAGACAUGGACGGCAUUGGUUAUCAAGAGUCAGAGCCGGCGAUGGGUGAUAUCGAGGGCUUCUCUACGUGGUGGGAUUUUGGAAACUUGUAG